AUGAUGCACCCAUCGAGGAGGGCGUACGUCGAGGACGCAGAGCCUGAGGAUCGGGGAAUGGAACUCUCUGAUGUUCCUGUCGACUACAACUACGACCUUCCCACAUCAUCUGGGAUUGCUCCCGAGAAAGCAUCGGCAAUCCUCUCACAAUUCGAGCGCAAGCGACUUGCCGCCACCAUCGCGGUUCCGACAGACGAUGGGAGGGUACGUGCAAAGCUUCGUGAACUCGGCGAGCCAGUCACCCUGUUCGGCGAAGAUGCGGCGGAUAGACGAUCAAGAUUACGGGAGAUUCUCACGACGCAGGCAGAGCAGGCAGGACAAGAAAACGGGGAUGUUGCCAUGGAAGAUGCGCCCGACGCUGAGGAGGAAGCUGACGAGCAGGAGGAAGAGUUCUACUCGAGAGGUGGCGACGCCCUCCUGCAAGCAAGAAUUGAGAUAGCAAACUACUCGCUUCCGAGGGCAAAGAAGAGAGUAGCUUUCCAAAGGGAAGAAGCCAAGAUACCGUUGCGAACACACGUCAAGUUUCGAAAGCAGGUCAAGGAGAGAUUACAGGCCUUUGAGCUACAAGGAAGUCAGACUGCUGGUGAUAGACAUGUGAGCAUGACGAGGAUAUCCCCAGGUGGCAAUCUUAUCGCGACAGGAAACUGGGGAGGCCAGGUGAAGCUCAUCGACUUACCGAGCUUGGACCCAGUUAGAACGUUCAGGGGCCACACGAACAAGAUCAGCGGCCUGUCUUGGUACCCAGGCGCAACACUCCCAGAGAAUAACGUCUCACCGGACUCAGUCAACCUCGCUUCUGGAGGUGCAGAAGGACAAAUACAUCUAUGGUCUCUGAACAAGGACACACCACUAGCGAGUCUUGAAGGCCAUAGCCAGCGAGUGUGCCGCGUCGAGUUUCAUCCAUCUGGGAAAUACUUGGCUUCCGCAUCAGAAGAUACCUCCUGGAGACUAUGGGACAUCGAGACUACCCAGGAGCUACUGCUUCAAGAAGGACACUCUCGCGGCGUAUUCGCUGUAAGCUUCAACACCGACGGGUCGCUUUUGGCAAGCGCAGGACUGGACAGCAUCGGGCGGAUCUGGGAUUUACGUUCAGGUCGAACGGUCAUGAUCCUGGAUGGCCACAUGGAUGGACAUAUCAAACCUAUCACCGGUUUAGAUUGGGGCUCCGAUGGCCAUCGUGUUCUGAGCGCGUCGCAAGAUGGGUGGAUCAAGUGUUGGGAUGUGAGGAAGGUUCAGAGAACCGGCGGUGUUGGCGCACACACGAGCGCCGUGUCAGAUGUGAGAUGGUACAAAGGUCUUGAUGAUCCACUGGAAGGCGUGGCCCCUGGAGUCGAUGAGAAAGGCGCCCAGUUACCGAAGAAGUCAGGGACAUUUUUCGUGUCAAGCGGCUUCGACCACAAGGUCAACAUAUUUUCUGCCGAUGACUGGACGAUGAUCCAGUCCCUAAGUGGCCAUACCGGGCCAGUGGCCAGCGUCGAUAUAAGCCGAGAUGGAAGGUGGAUUGUCAGUGGUGGCCAUGAUCGCACAGUCAAGCUCUGGGGGCGCAAUGAUGGGGAAGGGGUGUAG